AUGAUCAAUGAUGUUAGACCGGUCACCGAGAACUCACACUGGAAAUACGUAGAUGACUUCAAUCUGGGAGAGAUCAGGCUUAUCUCUACUCCGUCAUCGCUUCAACGUGAUCUGAACCACCUUGACAACUGGGCUACGGAAAACCACAUGCUACUCAACCCCAAGAAAUGCAUGGCCAUGCACUUCUCUUUCGUGCGCGCCCCCAUACAACCUCCAGUGCUGAGUCUUGCAGGGCAGACACUUAAAACCACCACCCAGGCUAGGUUGCUUGGACUCCACAUCCGCUCUAACCCGAAAUGGGAUGACCAGGUGGAUGUCAUGGUGUCCAAAAGUAGCAAAAGGCUGGUCGUCAUCAGCAGGUUGCGACGUUCCGGGGUGCCGAUCGCAGACCUUAACACCAUAUACUGCGGUUAUAUUAGACCAUUACUCGAGUACGCCGCUCCAUGCUGGGCUUCAGCACUCACUCAGAGACAGUCGGCCGCCUUAGAGCGGGUGCAGCGAAGGGCAUGCAGGUUGAUGAUGGGGCGUCAGUUCGUCUCUUACACGGCAGCUCUCCAGCACAUCGGCCUUGAGCGCCUUUCAACACGUAGACAGAAACUCUGUACUGACUUUGCCUUGAGAGUUGAAAGGUCUCCUCGCUUCUCCACAUGGCUGCCCCCUACCCGUGGACAACAACACGGCAGGCAACUCCGCAACUCUGCGCGAUACCAACAACCUACUGGGACUAACCGCUACCUAACCAGCGCUAUACCGGCAAUGAUCAAAUCAUUGAACGAACUGUAG